UGCUGCAAGUCGCGCGGAGCAUGUACAUGCGUAGACUUCAUCUCAGUAGCUAGCUAGCUAUAAAUACGCUCCAGGCUCAUCAUCUCUUUCCCCAUUCAAACGCUAGCACGCAUUCGACUGGAUCGAUCGGGCUCACCACAUCCAGCCGGUCCUCGCCUUUUGCUGCUAUCAGAGCUAGCUAGCUUCGACGAUCCAUCUCUGUUCGUUUGACGACGAUCAAAUCAAUUCGUGCUCAAGAUCAACGAUCCAUGGCGUACGGCAAGAGGUCGCGGCAGAAGGCCGAGGAGAUGGUCUGGCUGCCCGACGGCGCCGACGUCGCGCGCUUCCUGCUGCUCUUCUCGGGCCACCAGCACUACCACGGCGCCAGCGGCGCGGCGUCCACAGACGCGGCUGCCUCGGCGCCCGAGCGGGUGUUCGAGUGCAAGACCUGCAGCCGCCAGUUCCCGUCCUUCCAGGCGCUCGGCGGCCACCGGGCCAGCCAUAAGAAGCCCCGCCUCGCGGACGGCGGCGUCGACGCCGCCGCCGCGGCCGAGCCGCCCAAGACCAAGCCCAAGGUGCACGGCUGCUCCAUAUGCGGGCUCGAGUUCGCCAUCGGCCAGGCGCUCGGCGGCCACAUGCGCCGCCACCGGGCUGCCGAGGCGGAGGACGCGGUCGGCGGCAGCCCCGGCCUCGGGCUUGACCUCAGCCUCGGGCCGAAACGCGACAGAGUCAGUAAGGCCACCGUGCCGUCGGUCGACCUGGUGCUGGACCUUAAUGCCGUGCCGGAGGAGCUCGACGAGGAGCAGGAUUGCGCCAAGCUGGGGCUCUCCAUCGAUUUCCCCGUAGCAGUAGUUGACUUCUUACGUUAAGAACGUGGAAUAGAUUGAUCUUCUCCCGUUCUCCGUUCUAUUUUUGAAAUAGUAUUAUCACUACACAUUAAGCAGCCCCAAAGGUCAACCUCGAACAUUAGAAUUCCAGCGUACGGUUUGACUUUCUGCGGCGCAUGUAUGAAGAUACUUCUAAGACUGUCUCUAGCAACGUCCUCUAUAUUCAUCCUCUAUAUCUAUCAUUUGCAGUCUCCUCUAAAAAUUUCUAUCCUCUAUAUCUCCUUCCUCUCCAACAACGUCCUCUAAAUCACGUCCUCUAUACUCAAAUAUCUAUAUUAGAGACAUUUUUCAUUUUUA